GCGAGGUCUGGGCGCCAUUGUGCUGCGGGACGGGCUGCGGCGGCGACUGACAGGUCGUUGUGGGGUCUCUGGUCUUCCUCUCCCUCUCCCCUCUCUCCUUUUCUAGGUACGCCGAGAUGCCGCGCGUCUAUAUCGGCCGCUUGAGCUACCAUGUGCGGGAAAAGGACAUCCAGCGCUUGUUCAGCGGCUACGGCCGCUUGCUCGAGGUCGAUCUGAAAAACGGCUACGGCUUUGUGGAGUUCGAGGAUUCCCGGGACGCGGACGACGCCGUUUACGAUCUGAACGGCAAAGACCUGUGCGGGGAGCGGGUGAUCGUGGAGCACGCCCGCGGCCCCCGCCGGGACAGAGACGGCUACAGCUACGGCAGCCGCAGUGGAGGAUAUAGCAGUCGACGAACAUCAGGAAGGGAUAAAUAUGGACCACCUGUUCGUACAGAAUUCAGAUUAAUUGUUGAAAAUCUUUCUAGUCGGUGCAGUUGGCAGGAUUUGAAAGAUUUCAUGAGAAAAGCUGGUGAGGUGACUUAUGCGGAUGCUCACAAAGAACGCUCAAAUGAAGGAGUAAUUGAGUUCCGUUCUUACUCUGACAUGAAGCGGGCACUAGAGAAAUUGGAUGGAACAGAAAUAAAUGGAAGAAAGAUCAAGCUGGUUGAGGACAAGCCACGAUCUAGCCAUAGACGAUCCUAUUCUGGCAGUAGAUCAAGGUCACGUUCAAGGAGGAGAUCACGCAGUAGGAGUCGUAGGAGCAGCCGCAGUAGAUCCCGUAGUGUUUCAAAAAGCAGGUCACGCUCAAAAUCUAGGUCUCGCAGCAAAGACCGCUCACGUUCCCGAUCUAAAAGUCGGAAAUCCAGAUCAAAGAGCAAGUCUAAGCAGAAAUCUAACCGAGAAUCCCAGUCCCGCAGCCAAUCCAAAGAGAAGUCUGAAAAGUCUCGCAGCAGAUCUAGGUCUGCAUCUCGAUCACCCAAAGAGAAUGGUAAAGGAGAGGCAAAGUCUAAAUCCAGGUCAAGGAGCAGAUCUCGUUCCAAUUCACCAUCACAGCACGAGCCUGCCAAGGAUCGGUCGGAGUCCCCACCGAAGAGAGCUGCAUCACGGUCGCAGUCGCGAUCUCAUUCGAAGUCUCGCUCACGUUCACGAUCCAGUUCACAAGAUUGAGACUAGAACUCUCCUCUCCCUUUGCACACAAUAAUGGAACACUUGUAUGCCAGGCCGUGAAUCUUUUUUAUGUUAGUAUUACGAAAGUUGGUCUGUUUGCUUGCAGGAAAAAAAAUGGCCUCAAAACCAAGUAAUAGGCAAAGGUAUGAAUUGUCUAAAAUUUCUCUGAAAAACAUGGUUUUACAAAAGUGACAAAGAGCAGGAAAGAUUUUUUUUUUUUUGUAGAAAUUAGGAUAGAUCUUUUGAGGUUUUCUAAUGUCCCAGCAGAAGUCUGUUGUAGAGUAGAAAACGAAUUUUGUAUAAAAACUUAGCGCAGAAGGCUCUUGGAAAGUAAAUGCUUCCUGAAUUUUCCAUCUAUAAAUUAUGAAUAAUAGUGUAAUGGUCUGUGGCUUCUAAAAGUACACAAACCCCAUUUUCAGCGAGUCAGAGUUACUUGUAAAAUUGAUUAAAAUUGAAGAGUUGAAUUGGAACACUUCACUGUGUUGUACCUUAAAUUACCAAAAAUAACUUUUUCCUCCUUUUUUACCUUGUGAUGAUUGAAAAGCUAAUAAAACGGUCUCCUCUGUCCUUCCGUGAUGCAGUAUUAACAAACAUCAUGUGUCAUUUUAACAAAUAGCAAAUCUAAAAUAAAUUUAAAAGCUAAAAAAAUUAAAACAAAACUCAAGGUGCCACAAAGUCCCCAUUGUCAUUUUGUUGAAUUCUUUAUGAUGCAACCUCUAAAAUUGUUAUCUAGCCUUUAUGACUUGUCUAAAAUUAGAACUGCUAUGGAGUAGCUUCCAGUCCCAAAGUCCUUCUUUGUAUGUAACAAAAAAGAGUUAGUUACCAUAUGUAACAAAAAAAAGUUUAGCAAAGCAUUAGAAUAGCCUUGUAAUCUUUAUACAGUAUGUAGUUUGACUUGUAUAAAAUUAAAUCAGUGACUCCAAUGUUUGUAUUGUAGUAUAGCUUUCUUCGUAAAAUACUGCGGAAGACCAAGUUCACCUUAGCUUGUGUUACUUGGGAAAGGAAAAUAGGAAAUUUUCCAAAUGCUGUUGGCCUUUAAUUCAUACUAUUGAUAAUUCACAAGACUUAGAAGCAAUGUGGAAGGAAAAACAGAAAGGAGAGGUUCUAUCUAGGCGCUGAUUUCAUCUUUCCUAUAUAUGCCUGUAGUUAAGUUUUGAAGGUAGGUGUUAGCUGCCACUACAUGAGCAGCAGGUAUGGCUAAAUGUUUAGAACAGGACCCAAGGCUUGAAGCAGUAGUCGUAAGUUCAGAGUGGUGUUGCUUUCACUGGGUUUUGUAGGACCCCAAGUGCUUUAUAACUUCUGUGACAGCAGAAGUUCGUGAGUGAUUGUGUGUUAGGAUAAUCAUAUCUGCCAAAACAUGAGAAUAUGUGCAGUUCAGGCAAAAAUUAACUUGAGAAUUAAUUGAUGGGUAAGCUGGUGACCAUUUACCUUGACAAAGAGCUUUGAGUCCGGCUCAUAUAAAUUAAUAAAGGUAGUUCACUGUAAUGCUGUCCUAGUGGGACAAUGGGAUCUUAUUCAAUCCAUGGGUAGUGCAGUGUAUGUGUUUGUUUCCUUCCCACAAUUCACUUUUGACUCCAGGCAAGAAUGCCUGGGAUUACAGUAGACUGUGUUCAUGGGUGCCUUCUGCUUCUAGUUCCUUGGAUAUCUCUCUCACAGUGCAGUCCUAAACAGAGCUACACCCUUGUAAGCCUUCUGAAGGCAUUAGGUCUAGAAGGGUGGAACUUUCUUUUGGAGUACACUGUAAGUUGUUCAACAGCAUUUGGUAAAUAUGGUCUCUGGAAGAGGCUAGGUUUGCAGUCUUUUAGCUUUUAAGCAAAUAUCAGAGAAGCCUAUGCCAUUAUUUUGAGUUUUGACAGCAUUUCUCAGUGCUACUUUGUACAUAUUUUUCCUUGCACAGUACAAUUUCAGGAGUAGAGACUGUUCUUAAUCACAGACAACCUUGAAGCCAGUUUUCAAAAUAGGUUAUUUCCUUGAUCUAGAAAAAAACCAACAUCUUGUUGGAUUGACAAUAAUACACUCUCCCGCAAAGUAAAUGACUUGCUUCUCUCGAUUCAUAUAGUUAAUCUUGACAGUAAAUAAAGGUUUUAUACUAAUCUCAA